AUGUCGCACCUCAUCUCCUGCGUGCUCUUCAGUGCGCAGUACCCCAUCAUCUUCGACAUGUACUGGGAGUGCUUGUUGAAGCUGGGUCAUCUGCUCGCAGAGGUCUUCUUCGGUCUUUGUGCUGUGGCUUACCUCUUCUUCGACAUCCGCUUGGCAGAGAUUGUCGAAAAAACCUCAGUGAAAGACGUGGAGCCCUGA